AUGGCAAAUGAUCCUCUCACCAACCACGGAGGUCUUCUAGACCAAGCUGAAACGAACGGCAUUACCACCACACCUGCUGUAACGGCUGUCACCGCUGUAACAAGUAACGGAACUAGCUCCACUCCAUCCACAGCCAUUACAGCCGUCGCUCCUACAACAAAUACAAAUUCGCUUUUUGAAAAGCCUUUCAUUCCACUCAAUGAUCAAGCGGGUUCACCAGAGAAUAAAAGCACUGAAGGUGAAACUAAAGAAGAAACUGGUGAAGAAGAGACUGAAGAUAUUUCUAACUCUCAACUUACCAUCAGGGCUCUUGUUUCUACAAAAGAAGCUGGUGUUAUCAUUGGAAAAGCUGGUAAAAAUGUUGCCGAGCUUAGAGAAACAACCGGUGUCAAGGCUGGUGUGUCUAAAGUUGUACAAGGUGUUCAUGAUAGGGUAUUAUCUGUAGCAGGUACUUUGGAUGGAGUCGCAAAGGCAUACUCUCUAAUCGCCCAAACUCUCCUUGAAAACCCCGUGAAUGCUAGUCCAACUUCUACUCCAAUCACUCCUCCUCCAAAUGCUUUUACCUCAGUCCGCCUGCUCAUCUCUCAUAAUCUCAUGGGUACAAUAAUUGGUCGUCAAGGAUUAAAGAUCAAACAUAUCCAGGACGUUUCUGGCGCUAGAAUGGUUGCCUCAAAGGAAAUGCUUCCCCAGAGUACUGAGAGAGUGGUUGAAGUUCAAGGGACCGUUGACGCUAUUCGUGUCGCGGUUUGGGAAAUUGGUAAAUGUCUAAUUGAGGAUAAUGAACGAGGUAUCGGAACUGUACUUUAUAAUCCGGCUAUUAGGGUCACUUCAAGCUAUUUGUCUUCUCGUCGCGAAUAUACUGUUCGAACUGGAAGUGGAACUGAUUUUACUCGUCCAUCUCGCAACGGUAACAACAACGAAUAUCAUAAUCGUCGUCCACCCCAUAAUAAUAAUUAUGAUAGUUCCAGCAUUCGAACCCAAAAUAUCUCUAUCCCUGCUGAUAUGGUUGGCUGUAUUAUUGGUAAAGGAGGUUCAAAGAUUUCGGAAAUUCGUAGACUCUCUGGUUCCCGUAUCAGUAUUGCCAAGACACCUCAUGAUGAAACUGGCGAACGGAUGUUCACUAUCCAAGGUACUCCCGAAGCAAACGAGAAAGCUCUUUACUUAUUGUACAACCAACUAGAAAGCGAAAAGGAACGUCGUUUGAAUGUUACUGCGAAUGGUGAUUCCGAUUCUUAG